GAGGAAGCCUAGCUUUCCCCACUCAUCCCGCUCGCAUCUACGCCACAGCCCUGUAUGCAGGCUAACAGGUGCCUAGUUACAUAUGAAAGUUGGGGGAGUCAUGUACAUAUAGUCUUAAGUUGGGGCUUCUGCAUACCUAGUAGUAAAGGCUAUGGAUAAGGUAUCAGCGAGAAUUCUUGAGGAUAAAAGAAUGCCCCCCUUCCCUCCCCUCUACGUUUGGAUGUGAUAUUAUGAUUGCUCAAUAACUAGUAUGUGACUUGCAAUAACAAACCUCGGAACGCUGGCUAUCUGCUUAUCAAGGAGCCGAACAGCCGAAAAAAAAAAAGCUUCCGCUAAUAACUUCCAGAACGAACAAAACAUAUACGGAGAAACCAUAAAAAUUCAAGGGGGGGGGGAAGAUAUGAAUACUACUACUACAGCUUCAAACGACGGUGGGAAGAAAGAGGAGCGGAAGCAAAGCGGCACCUACGAAGCCGGCUGCCACUGCGGCUACAUCAAGUUCUCUGUCACGCUGUCGCCGCCGUUUCCCGUGUACAAGGUGCUGAACUGCAACUGCUCUGUCUGCUCCCACCUGGGAUACCUGCUUGUGUACCCCAAAGCCAAAGACGUAGCAUGGCACAACAACAGCCGCGAGCGGUGCGCCAGCUACCGCUUCAACACGAAGCAGAAGGACCAGAUGUUCUGCCCCAAGUGCGGCGCCAGUCUAGGCAUCGACUUCGAGUCUGUUUUCAAGGAGCAUACGUACGGCAUCAACGCCCGCACAUUCUACGGCCUCAACCUCGACGAGCUAGAGUACAAGAAAGGCGACGGGGUAAACAAGGUCCCGCCCGCGGGCGACCUGUCGGGUCACGUUUGGGACGAGGACGCCCAGGAGUUGAAGUAGAGUGGCUACCUACCUACUAAGAAAGGAAAAUCAUCCUCCCAAGCUUGAGAAAACACGCAUAUAUUGGCAAUACAUGUAGCCUAUAAGUCACUCACAUUCCCGUGGCGAAAAAAAGGAGGCGAGAUGUGAAAUACCAUUUUAAAGUUCUCUGCUUCUAACCCAGCCACAUUCCUCGUUUUCUUCUUUAAUUUUUAUUAACAUGC